CACUAAUGGAUGACACUGAAAGGCAGCUCAGAUGGGCACUGAUAUGUGGCAUUGAUGUGCACUGGUAUGCACUGAUAUGUGGCAUUGAUGUGCACUGGUAUGCACUGAUAUGUGGCACUGAUUGGCACUGACAGGUGGCACUGAUGGACUUUGACAGGUGGCACUGCUGGGGCUACAAUGAUCAUCAGGGCACACUGAUCAUCAGUGCCCUGAUCAUCACUGUCAGCAUGACAGCUCGAGAGGAGAGAAAUGCCGAUAACUGGCAUUUCUGUGUUUACAUGUGAUCAGCUGUG